GGUUAACAACAAGAGUGGGAAGAGAAGCAGCUCCCGUGGUCUUACGUUUGAUUUCAGUCUCUUAUUAUCUCCGCGGAUGUGCUUAACUAACUAAUAACACACGUUUAUACUGUCUGUGGUUUAGUUUGACUAUGAAAGAGUGUUUUUGGACCGAUUACUCUGAAAUAUGAUGGAGGAUUUCUCUGGUUUGGCUCUGCCUCCUCUGUUUGGAGGACACAUCCUGGAGGCAGAGCUGGAGCCUGGUGGUGUGGAACUAGGACCAGGAGAGGUGGAACUGGGCCCAGGAGGCAACGAGCUGCUUGAGAGCACAGCACAAGAAGAUGAAGAGAGAAGGGCUCUGGAUAAAAGAAAAUACUUGGCUCUGAACAGGAGAUGCAAAGACAUUGAACAGGUAAAUCAGAAGAUCCUCGGUCGUCUUCACCAAGUACAGAGAAUUACACGACGUUUAAAGAAAGAAAGACGGUUUCUCAUGAAGACGUUAGAUGCUCAUGGGGAUGAUUACAGAAAUGCGCAGCUCACUAUACUGCUUGAGGAUGAGUCUGGAGUUAAUUUAGACCCGGCUGCUGGAAUGGAAGAUGAAAAGCCCAAUGGCGUGUCUGGUUCCACUUCGUCUGCAGUGUUGCACAAUGCAGCUGGACCGAAAAAGAAGAGGCACCGAAUUCCUCGGCAAGAAAAGGAUAAAGACCAACAGACUGAACCAGACAUAUCAGUGUUGGCAGAGGCGCAGUUUGGAGAAAUGCCCAGCCCGACCUCUCUGUCUCACUGAUCAAUGCACUGCCCUGGAUAUCAUAAUGAUGAUGAUAAGAGUGCCCAGUUUCUUAAACUCUUCGAUCAAUAAUGCUGCCAUUCAUCAUUCAGGCUUUGCACUAUUUUUAGUUUUAUAUGAAGAGAGAGAGAGCACAUUGAAUUCAUGUGAGGUGAAAUUAGAUUCACUUGAUACGUUUGUUUUGUAUAUAUUAUCUUUAGUUUCAUACUUUUUACCGACAGUUGGUGACAACAUGUAAUUAUUACCUUUGCAGUGUUUGGACAACUGGGUUUGGUAAAAAUGUGGCAGCACAGAUACAAUUGUAAUCGGGUAGAGAACUAAUUAAUGUUAGCAGAUAAGUCAUUGUCAAUAUUAAAGUACUACACGCUGCUA